CUAACCGCUGAAUCAAACCGAAACACAAUGGCGGUCCACGCGAAGAACCACGUCGGAGCCAAAGUGGGGCGGACGAUAUUUUCGGCGCUUUCGUUCUUCAACCCAUUUUUUCGGUAUAAAAGCCAAGCGAGAUUUUCGAUAUCCUCACACAUCGCCGCCAAACUUUGCCUUGCAACUCGCAAACCAAACAAAACCCACAAAUUUAUCAAAAUGAAAGUGUUCGUACUUCUUGCCGCUAUCGCCGCUGUCGCACUUGCCGCCCCUCAAGGAGCAGAUAAGGAUGCUACCAUCUUGAAGAGCGAAUUGGACAAUAUUGGAGUUGACGGAUACAACUAUGCUUACGAAACAAGCAAUGGCAUCUCCCAAUCCGAACAGGGUCAGCUCAUUAACGCUGGCACCGAAAACGAAGCCAUCGCCGUCCGUGGUCAAUACAGCUACGUCGGCCCCGAUGGCGUCACUUACACUGUCACCUACAUCGCUGACGAAAAUGGUUUCCAACCCCAGGGCGCUCAUAUUCCUCAACCACCGCAAUAAAUCACAAAACAGUCUUCAAGACUGAUCUUGUACAUAAAUAGCUAAUAGUGA